GCCGAAGAAAAAAGUAUUAAACGUAAAAGACAAUGGGGCAAAAGAAUAAUGUAUUUAUGAAGUAAGUGUUCUAUUGACAUAUGGUUAUUGAUGCGUAGAGGCUUUACUUUUCUAUACUUUGUGGAGCUUUUCAUUCAAUGUCAAAGUGCUACCCUUGCAGUUAUAUCUCAAUGAGGCUUCUAGACCAUUUAAAUAAGCGAGUCUCUAAGCUGAUAUAUAUUAUGUAUACGAUGUAUCUAGCGUGUAAAUAGUUCCAGACUCUAUCAAGUCUGUAUUAAAGCACUACGCUUAAACACCACUCUUUCUCCAAAACGCUGGCCCUGCGUUGUUACUCCUGCUAUUCAAUACCUCAAAUCUUGGGGAUCCCAAUUCAUUUCUCAACAAGGUGCAGUUGACGGCGAAAGCUUGCUAGAUCUUUGCUAUGACUGGUUUUCUAUGGCCCUCAGACUUGGAACACGUGGAUGUAGACAUGACUACGGUUUCGCCCGACAAGGUUUUCUGCGUAUCGUGGCCCUCAAGGAGAAACGCCAAGACCAGCGUGUGAGGAAAAUCAUCACGAUUCAUUCACACAUGGACUCUCUCCUAUGUCCCGUAGUCGUUUCCGAGGAGUACAAGCAUCGAAUCGCCUCAGUCAGACUGUCACAUUGCUCACUCUUUGUUCCCAGAGAUCUACCGACUGCUCUCAGCUACUUCUGCCAAUUUUAGUGCCUGCUCUGGAUUAACAACAAAGAUCACGUCUUACAAAAUAUAAUGCUAUGUAAACACAAAUUUAUCAAGUAUUGAGCACAUUACACGAGUAAGUGAUCUUGAUUGUUCCCACUCUCUUGUUUCUGCUUUGUCUCCUCUCUCACUCAAGAAGGUGAAGAUUAAUAUUAUUA